AGGGAACUGUCCCUUUAAGAAUUAGGAUUUGGGAGUGACGCGGAUAUGAAAGCUAGUUUAUUCUUCUUUCCUUUGCAACGAAUAUUGUUUAGAUUAACUAGACUAGUUAGCGAUAACUAGCUACAUUAUAGGGAGAAAUGAUUCUCACUGUUUAGAAACGGAAAGGAUACCAGAAGGGGUAUUUGAGCGUCCUCGGAAAUAUUUUUUUAGGAUUGAGGCGUCCUCCAAAUUGGGAUAACUUUGAAGAAGUUCUUUGUAUUCAGGGAUCCGCUGAUAAGAAGACGUUAAACAUGGACUGGGGCACGGAUCUCUGGGACCAAUAUGACAUCAUCGACAAGCACACGCAAUCCGGGCUGGAACUGGUAGAGAAGUAUGUCAAGUUUGUGAAGGAGAGGACGGAGAUAGAGCAGAACUAUGCCAAGCAGCUGAGAAAUCUAACAAAGAAAUACAAUCCUAAACGAGGCUGUAAAGAGGAACAGGAAUGCAGGUUCUCCAACCACCAGUCCUUCCUGGACAUCCUGAAUGAGAUGAAUGACUACGCAGGACAGAGGGAGCUGAUUGCUGAGAACAUGAUGAUGAACAUCUGCAUCGAACUCACCAAGUACCUGCAGGAGCUCAAGAUGGAGCGUAAGACGCAUCUGUCGGAGGCCAAGAAAGCCCAGCAGAGUUUGGAGAGCACCUAUAAGCAGCUCGACAGUAGUAAGAAACGUUUUGAGAGGGAGUGGCGGGAAGCGGACAAAGCUGCUCAAUAUGCAGAGAAAACUGACCAGGACAUCAACGCCACAAAGGCCGACGUAGAGAAGGCCAAACAGCAGGCCAACAUGAGGACACACAUAGCGGAGGAGUGUAAGAACGACUACGCAGCCCAGCUGCAGAAAUACAACCAGGAGCAGAGCCAGUUCUACUUCAGCGACGUGCCUCUCAUCUUCAACAAACUCCAGGACAUGGAUGAGAGGCGGGUGAGGAAGCUGGCGCAGGGCUACGUCUUGUUCUCAGACACGGAGAGGCACGUGAUGCCCAUUAUCGGGAAGUGUCUGGAGGGCGUCACUAAAGCGGGCACUAAUGUCAAUGAGAGGAAUGACUCCAUAGCUCUUAUAGAGCAGUACAAGUCAGGCUUUGAGCGUCCUGGCGACCUGGACUUUGAGGACUACAGUCAGGGCAUCAACCGUGCCUCCUCAGACAGCAGCCUGGGCACCCUCGGUACCCCCAAAGGCCCCCUGGAGCUGCUGGGCAAGAACAGGAGCAAACCGUUCUGGCUGUUCAGCAAGAAGAGUAAGCUCUCCCCCUCCUCACUCACCCCCUUGUCCACGCCCCCCGCCCCCUCGCCCGCUAAUGGACCCCCCUCCCCCAAGUUCGGCCGGGACCCAUUGUCGUACUGUUUGAAGGAGAUCAAUAAGACAGUCAAACCCAGAAUAUCCUCCUUCCGGACCCUCGGGCGAACGAGGCUCACUCCAGAGAGGAUCAUAGUAAUGCCCACGGUGACAGAGGACUUUGGCCAUCUCCCCCCCGAGCAGCGCAGGAAGAGGUUACAACAGAAACUAGAUGACAUUGGCAAGGAGUUGCAGAAAGAAGUGGACCAGAGUGAGGCCCUGGAGAAGAUGAAGGAUGUGUAUGAGAAGAACCCCCAGAUGGGAGACCCUGCCAGCCUGUCUCCCCAGAUCAACCAGACAGCCCAGAACAUGGAGAGACUGAGAGGAGAGCUCAACAAGUAUGAGUCAUGGUUGACAGAGGCAGGAAGGCGAGGGGAUUCGAUGCUCAGGAGAGAUACGUUACGAGAGGAUGCGUUGAGCUACAGGUCUCACUCCAACAACAACGAACCAUACAGCCCUGACGGAACCCACUCUGAAGAAGGCACCCCGGAUCCCUCUCAGGCCAUCUACGCCGAGUUUGACGACGACUUUGAGGAGGAGGAGGAACUUGCCGCUCCCAUCGGCCAAUGUACAGCCAUGUACAACUUUCCAGGUGCCAGUGAGGGGACCAUCACCAUGCAGGAGGGGGAGGUGUUGUCUGUAGUGGAGGAGGAUAAAGGUGACGGCUGGACCAGGGUCCGCAGGGCCAACGGGAACGAGGGCUACAUCCCAACAUCCUACGUCAGCAUCAGCAAGUGACCCGACACCCAUCCCACCCACACGAGGCCUGAGGGAACGGCCAAUCAUCACUGAUGAUGAUUCCAAAAUAAUGUGGCAGCUCUCUCAUGGGACCAAUCAGAAAGAGAAAAAAAGCACUGUGGGCAGGACCAUCUGGGUGUCCGUAAGGAGACUACUAGGGCCAAUCGAGUCACUUUGAUUUCCUCACAGAUACGCACCCAUGAUUUCUUUCCCCUGCUGGCCAGAGAAGAUGCAGUCAAUUGUGCUUUUGGCUCCUCCUGGCUUGCAUGUCUGUACCAGGUCACUAUACUUACCACAAGCCACACAUUUUCAUCGUAGUUCUCCUUGAUAUUAUCACAGUGCGUUUGUGGUUGUGGUUUAGUAGUGGAUAUCAUAGCAGGACUGAUGAUAUAGAUUAGAAUGAGGCACCAACCAACAUGUCCAUAUGCCCUCACCUCACUGUGGGAAGGCUUCUCCUUUUCACAGUGAGAGAAGGAUUAGAAGUGCUGUACUGGAGCAUUUGAUAUCAGGGUUGUGUUCAGUAAGGAUAAAACAUUUUGAAACCGAGUGAAACAGAGGUACUACCUGAACUUGUCCAAUGAGAACACAGUGCUACAGUGUGCCCUACUGAACAGGAGCCAGGAUUAAGAGGAUGUUUAUCUGACACAUUAGUAAGCAUAACCUGCUCUCUCUAUCACUCCCAUGCAGCCAGAAUGUAAACUGAUCACAUUCUUGCUCUUCUUCAUACUUGCACAUGGCGUUUUGGACAAAGAACAUUUGCUCAGAUAAAGGAAGGGUCUCAACACAGGUCUAUGGGCACUACAUUUCAGUAGGAAAGCCCCGUUGACAGCCACUAUUCAGAUCAGAUAUACUCACCAGUUUGCGUGACUUUAUUUCCUUGUGCUCUGAUGUAUAAAUAGAUUAGCCACCCACAAGGCCAAAGACUGACAGUAAAGCCCCCUUAGAGAGACACGCACAUACUGAUGGCAAUAAAGAAAUGUUUCAGACAAUCACAGCCGUAUCUUCACUACAGCUCAGUUUCAAGCCAUCGACAUAAAUGGCCUAUACGAGAGCUCUUUUAUAGCUCUUGAUUCUGAAUGGUAAAUAAUGAGUUGUUUGUAUUGAGAAUAUAAUUUAUUAAGGAUGUGCAAGUUGCUACAUUUAAAAAAGUUUAAGGCAUGUUUUGGUUUAUAUCAUAGGAGUCAACUCCCAUUUGUACUUUUCCCUGCAAACUCGGUGGACUGUCUGUAUCCAGAGGUGAGAGCGAUGCCAAUAAAUAGUUGCAGACAGAAUAUGUGCAAUGUUAAGACUAUCAUAUUUAUGUUAUAAAAUAAUAUAUUUUAGCUAUCACUACACCACUAUUGUCUUAUUAGCUUUUUAACCUGAUGAAUAAAGAUUGAGAAGUUGAGAGCAGAUGUGUAUCUUCGUGAGGUGAAUGUGUCCAUUUUGUCUGGAGUUUAAUAGACGCUCCAGUUUUGAGCCACGCGGGAAUAUUCCUAAUGUAAAAACUCACUCGUAUGUCCAGGUGCCUUUCUGGUUGAAAGCAUUGUGUAUAUACCUAACAUGCAAAUGUCUUCAGUUUUUAAGACUAAUAAAUGUAACACGCAUUUCAAAUUUCAA